AUGGCGUCGUCAACGCGACGGCGAUUCAAUCCCCUGUCCUUCACUCCCGGCCCGGUGACUGUGAUAUCAUCGCUUGUUUACAUCGCGCUCCUUGUUCCGCUGAUUGUCGUGCACCACGUCGUUCCCUCGGCUCCUAAAUCCAAUCCCGCAGGCGUGAACCUUUCAGAAGCAUGGGCUGACCUCCAGCACUUGACUGGCGGGUUUCAUCCUUACAACAGCCAUCGAAAUGACGAGGUCCACGAUUGGUUGUUAGAGCGAAUAGACGAGAUCCUCGCCGCGUCUCGCAAGGCGCACGACACCGAUGUCACAAGCAGCGGGGCUCCGGAAGUGCUUGUGUUUGACGACAAGACCAAUUUGACCUUUUCAGGCAGUGGCGUUGGUAAAAAGCCCACGGCCGGAAUUUAUUUCGAGGGCACGAACAUCGUCGUUUAUGUUCGGGGCAUUGAGGACGACAGAGAGCACUGGUGGGAGUCUCCAAAUGGCAAACCAAAAUGCAAGGGAGGCGUGCUCGUCAAUGCGCACUAUGAUAGCGUGUCAACCGGAUUCGGUGCUACCGAUGAUGGCAUGGGAGUCGUGAGCGUCCUUCAGCUCAUCAAGUACUUCACCUCCCCCGGUCAUCGCCCCAGAAAAGGCCUUGUUUUGCUUUUGAAUAACGGCGAGGAAGAUUAUCUCAAUGGUGCCCGUGCUUUUAGCCAGCAUCCACUUUCCAAAUUUACGCAUACGUUUCUAAAUCUGGAGGGUGCUGGUGCGGGAGGACGCGCUGCUUUGUUUCGCACCAGCGAUACGGAAGUUACAAGGUUCUAUAAAAGCUCCCAGCAUCCGUUUGGCUCAGUACUCGCCGCAGAUGGGUUUAAGAUGGGCCUGAUCCGGAGCGAAACGGACUAUGUUAUCUUCAACGGUGUCCUAGGGUUGAGAGGUCUUGAUGUUGCUUUCAUUGAACCUCGAGCUCGUUACCACACGGAUCAAGAUGACGUGCGGCAUACGAGCAUUGACUCUCUAUGGCAUAUGCUUUCCAGCGCCAUUGCCACAACCGAAGGUCUUGUUUCCUACACUGGCGACGAUUUCGAUGGCGAGGCUCCCGGCGAAGGCAAAGUCAAUAGCGGGGUGGGCACUUAUGGUGUUUGGUUCGAUCUUUUCGGGUCAUCUUUUGCAGUAUUCCGGCUCCAUACCCUCUUUGCCAUCUCCGUAACGCUUCUUGUGCUCUGCCCAAUUAUCCUUUUCGCCACAGGCAUCAUCUUGAGCAAAAUGGACAAGAUGUAUCUGUUUUCGCUUCAUAAGACGAUUCCGGAAACCCAAGAAAGCAUUUCUAUCCAAGGUCUACGCGGCUUGUUCCGGUAUCCCGUUAUCUUCAUCGUCUCCUCUGGCAUCUUAGUUGGCUUAGCCUAUCUGUUGACAAAAGUCAACCCUUUCAUCGUUCACAGUAGCAGCCACAUUUUUAUCGACACUCCUGUCUUAUUUGGAACUUUUUGCCUUGCCAAAGAAAACUCAAUAUGCUCGCGAGCACAGCCAGUUUCCCAGUCGACUGGCUAG